AAAUUAGGAGUAAUGAGCGUGGAUGCUUUGGGAAGCCCUGUGAUGGACCCCGCGUUUUCCAAACGGAACACGCCGCUGAGAUUAGUUGACUUGGCAGGGGCUCACCACCAUCACCAUCAUCACCACCAUACCCCUCAGAGCGUGACAGGCUUCCCGGGGUUCAGCAGCCAUCCAUACUCAAUGGCUCACUCGCACCCUGGGGAGAUGACUGCGGAACCCCGCCUGGGGCCGAGUCCAUUCGGGCCAGAACACAUGGGGCACUCCGCGGCCCUCAAAAUCAGCCCAACCCAUCAUUAUCCCCACCACCAUCACCACCACAAUCAUCAUAUUGCAGGCCACAGUGAAGUGGUCUCCAGUCAAACGGGAGCUUUUGGCCCGGUGCAGGCGGCAACGGUCCCGUACUCUAUGUCUCACACGGCCCAAGCGCUAUCCGCAGGUAGGGACUUCCUCAUUCGCCGAGAUUUGACAGCUCAAGCCAUGCCCGUGCUGACCGAUCAGACUUCUGGUUCAGCCUCUCACCACGGAAUGUUUGUCUCAACAACAGGUAGCUAUCCGGGACACUAUGGUCAUCACCCCGACCCUGGGAACCAUACUCUCUUCCCUGGACUUCAUCACGAGCAGCCAUCUACCGGAGCACCAGGUGGCCAAGCCUUGAACGGACAAAUAAGGUUAGGAAUACCUGCCGAAAUGUACGUUCGGUCUGAUCAUUUGAGUCAAGUAGCGAGCUCCAGGGCAGACCCGUUUGCUGCUUCUUCUCUGCACGGAUACGGCGGGCUCAAUCUGAACAUGAAUCUCAGCGCACAUCACCACCACGGAGCUGGCGCUUUUUUCCGUUACAUGAGGCAGCCGAUAAAGCAAGAGCUCAUCUGCAAGUGGCUGGAGCCAGAGCACUCGGCGAAAAAACGUUGCUCCAAAACUUACAGCACCAUGCACGAACUAGUGACGCAUGUGACUGUGGAGCACGUCGGAGGACCGGAUCAAGGGAACCAUAUCUGUUUUUGGGAAGAAUGUCCACGAGAGGGAAAGCCAUUUAAAGCAAAGUACAAACUUGUGAAUCACAUCAGAGUGCACACCGGAGAGAAACCGUUUCCUUGUCCGUUCCCCGGCUGUGGAAAAGUAUUUGCCAGAUCGGAAAACUUGAAAAUACACAAGAGAACACACACAGGUGAAAAGCCUUUCAAAUGCGAGUUUGACGGCUGUGACAGACGGUUCGCCAACAGCAGUGACCGGAAAAAGCAUUCCCACGUACACACUAGCGAUAAGCCGUACAACUGCAAAGUCAGAGGUUGUGACAAAUCGUACACGCAUCCCAGCUCUUUGAGAAAACACAUGAAGGUACACUGCAAGUCUCCACCUCCGAGUUCGGGUUACGAAUCAUCGACUCCAUCUCUUGUCUCUCCUUCAUCGGACUUGGGAAGGGAGCCAGUUCCCUCUGCGCUCUCCGAGCCUCUCUCAUCAUCGUCCCAGCCGGCCAAUUUAAGCGAAUGGUACGUGUGUCAAAGCUCCGGUGCCAGUGGCCCUCAGACCCCACCCAGCGGUUCAUCCACACCGGGCCAUACAGAGGGGCCAACGUACGGCAAUCAUGAACGGAGGGACGCCUUCUAACAAAAAGUUAGCCCUGUAAUAUUGCUUUGGCAAAUUGACUAAAAUGACUUUGACAUCUUAUCUUAUUUGGACAGUCCGUUUUGGACUGAAUGGCCACAGGCUGACGACGCCUGUGUAAGUCAGUUCAAAGAGCAGGCUUGUUCACUGUUACUGCCUUACUGAAGGAUGCACUGGCCCUUUGACAGCUAAUGUCACUGCCUAACCACCAAUCCAUAUGAAACACGUCCCGAGUGUCCAUGUUUCUAAAUAGUGUACCGACCGUACGCAUGUCACUGUAUUAUUUUGUAAAUCCCGCUUUGAUUUCAAUAUCUUUUUUAAUUUAUUUUUGAAUCGGUAAAUCAUUUCUUUUUGUAUUAUUGAACCAAAGUGCUUAAUUAUUAAACCUGUACAGUUGUAAAUGAUGACGUUUUAGUGUCUAUGUGUGAAAAGUAAUUUUGUAAGAUUUUGUCUUUCGACAAUUUUUAAAUGUUUGCUACUAUACUUUGUACAGAAAAAUAAUAUUUGGGAUGAUUUGAAUUUCAUAAAGACGUAGACUCUUUCCUCUUUUUGUGCUUUCACCAGCCAAGCCAAUUUGAUGGAAACGGUGUUAUUGUAUUUGAUAUGAAGGUUCAUUUAUGAUUAGUUAUUAAUCAAUGUGGUUGUUUUGUGAUUUCGUAAAACUUGUCAGCAAUCCGUUUUUAUGAAAAAAAAAAAAAAUCAUUACCAGAAGAGACCUUAAAAUGUGUACCGAAAUGCCUUGUAAGUUGUCAGUAUUAUGAAUAAAUUGUGUAUGA